AUGCUUGGCAGCUCGAACAAGAGGACACAGUCAGAGGCUGCUGAUGAUGGCAACAAGAGGAAGAAGAAGCAGACGACAACUCCUUCAUCUUCAAAACAGCUAUCUAUAUCCUCAUUCUUUGCCAAACCACCCUCAUCAACACCUACAGAACAAAAAGUGACUGAUAGUGCUGAUAGCACAAUCGACCUCACAUCCUCAUCCCCUUCCCCUGUUAAACCUCUAGCCAAACCAAUCAAGUCAUCAAAAGCUAAUAAAUUUAAAUUCAACCCUUCGAAUGGGCUACAAGAUCGUGUGGCCGAGGAGGACGAUGAUCGUCGUGAAAUACGAAUGGCAUUUCUGUCGAAAUUCGCAGAGAGCAGCAGCAAAACGUUGGGCAAACGUAAAGCUGAUUAUAGUGAGCCUGAAGACGACGAUGUCGAUGAACAUUGUAGUAGCGACGUGGAGGAAGCGCCGAAACCCACGAGCAAGAAACAAAAUACCACGUCUCAAAAUGUCACCUUAACUCCGUUGGAGAAGCAAGUAGUCGAACUGAAGGCGAAAUUCAGUGACUGUCUAUUGAUGGUUGAAGUUGGCUACAAAUAUCGUUUCUUUGGUGAGGAUGCCACUAUCGCUGCCAAAGAACUAAACAUUGUUGCUUUCAUGAACCAUUCAUUCCUUUCCGCUUCGAUUCCGACCCACAGACUUCAGGUUCAUGUCAAACGACUUGUUCAGCAAGGAUACAAGGUUGGAAUCGUGAAACAGGUAGAAACAGCAGCCUUAAAAGCCGUUGGAAAUAACAAGUAUGCCCCAUUCACACGAGAGGUGACUGGUAUCUUCACCAAAGGCACAUUUAUUGACGAUAUAGGUGGAGGAGACGAGGAUGAAGCCUUCGGGACAGCGGGUCGUGACAAUUAUCUAAUGGCUUUAAGUGAAGAGACUGUAGGAGCUGAAGGAAGGACGUUGAUUGGUGUUAUGGCGGUACAAGUGUCGACCGGUGAUAUAGUUUACGACCAGUUUGAAGACUGCUUUCUUCGAACAGAGCUGGAGACUCUUUUAUCGCACAUUCAACCCGUCGAAAUUAUAAUACCUGAAUUAUUGAGUCAACCUACUGAAAAGGUUAUACGUCGGUUUGGUCUUAGAUCCGGUCAAACUGACAAGGUUCGAAUCGAAUCUCCUAAAGACGCAUUCUUCAGUGCCAUAGUUGCGAGUCGAAUGGUAGCCGAUGGUUUUCCUGACGCUCAAGAUUCCAUAUCAGACUUGCCCAGCAUGGUUACUGUGUGUCUUUCUGCACUGAAGUCAUAUCUAAAGACUUUCAACCUAGAUUCUGUGCUCCAUUUGAAAACCUUUACGAAAUUCUCCUCUCAUGCAUUCAUGAACCUCAAUGCAAACGCCCUUGCGUGUCUCGAGAUUUACCAAAACGCAACAGAUUAUAGCGAGAAAGGCUCUCUGCUCUCGGUAUUGGAUUAUACCAAAAGCAAAGCAGGCAGACGCUUGCUCAACAAAUGGGUCGGGAAGCCCCUUACUCGAAUCGAUGAUUUGAAUCAACGGACUCAGUCAGUCGAAGAGUGUCUGGAUUUGGCAAGGAAGUCAGACCCAACCAUGAAGAAACUCAUGGGUCUGCUUUCACAGGUGCCAGAUCUGGAGAAGGCAUUAAUGAGAGUGUACUAUGGUCGAUCUACUCCUUCAGAUCUCAACAGUCUGCUGAUCGCUUUGGAAAAAAUUAGCAAUAUUGGUAUGACAGCAACGUCACUGCUGUUGAAAGACAUAUUCGCCUCAUUUAGUAGCAUUCAACAAGAUAUAUCGUAUUUUCGACAACUUAUAAAUGAGAAGGCAGCCUCUGAAAACAACAGGAUUGAUCUGUUUGGGGAUGAGGACAAAUACGAAGAUAUUACUCGAUUGAAAAAGGAAAUCCAACAAAUACACACCGAUAUGAGGCUCCAUCUAAAAGAAGCUCGAAAAACCUUGUCGAGUCCUUCGUUGGAGUUUGUUAGUGUGGCAGGUGUCGAUUAUCUUCUUGAAGUCAAGAAUAUCAUUGCGAACAAGGCCCCCGCUUCAUGGAUCAAGGUCAAUGGAACCAAAGCUGUCUCACGUUUCCAUACGCCAGAAGCUUUGAGUGGCAUGGCCAAACUGGCAAGAGGGCAAGAACGCCUCGAUCUUGCUUGUGCUGCAGCCUUCAAAGAACUUCUCAAGGAAGUUUCCGAAAAGUAUGACGCGUUUCGGCAAGUCAUUCACAGUCUCGCCGUUUUGGAUUGUCUUGUCUCGUUAGGAACCCUCGCUAUGCAACCAGGAUAUACCAAACCUCAGUUCUCUGACGAAGCUGGUUUCUUGGACAUCCAAAAUGGCCGACAUCCCAUCGUCGAGAAAUUCGUGACAAAUUUUGUGCCAAAUGAUAUCAGUUUACGCCAAGAAGGACCCAAGUGUCUAUUGAUUACAGGGCCAAAUAUGAAUGGAAAGUCAACCUUCAUCCGACAAGUGGCUCUGAUUGUGGUUAUGGCACAAAUUGGAAGUCACGUCCCAGCCGACUUUGCUAAGCUCGGGCUGUUUGAUGCAGUGCAUACUCGUAUGGGAGCAUCUGAUGACAUUGCUCGAGGGCAAAGCACUUUUAUGAAGGAAUUGUCAGAGACAAGUGACAUCCUUCAUUCCGCGACACCAAGGUCGUUUGUCUUGCUUGAUGAAUUGGGUCGUGGAACUUCAACUAUGGAUGGAACAGCUAUCGCAUGGGCAGUACUGAAACAUAUGAUUGAGAAUGUCAAAUGUGCUAUACUGUUUGUUACACAUUAUCCAAUCCUUGGAAAAUUGCAAGACGAAUUGAAUGGUGCAGUGCUGAACUACCAUAUGGGGUUCCUCGAACAAGAGGAGAAUGGCGAAAAAGUUUUCCUAUAUAAGCUUACUGCUGGUUUAUCACACCGCUCGUUUGGGCUGAACGUUGCCAAACUAGCUAAUCUCCCACCUGAUGUCAUCCAAACUGCACAAGCCAAAUCAAUAGAGUUGGAGGUCUUGUUUGACAAUCGGCGUAUGGCCGCAAGGCAAUCGAAAGCUGCAAGUUUCUUUCAAAAUCUGUGGAAGGGAUAUGAAGCAUCUGGCAAUACUUCGCAAACCAUUCAAGAGUUGUGGCAGUAG